UGUAGAUGGCAGGCACAAGCAACGCAGAUCAUUAAGCUUAAGCUUCCAUGGCCAAGAUCCAGCUCUUUCUUUUUGAGUUGCUGGAAAUAAUAGCAGUUACAACUCUCUUCUUUCUUGUCCCGCCCUCAUCUUCUGGAGACACAAUGAUCCAGAACAGUUCCCUUGUGAAUGGCCAGACUUUGAGAUCGACAGGAGAGUUGUUCCAACUGGGCUUCUUCAAUCUAGAUAAUACUUCGGCGAAGGGAUACUUAGGAAUCUGGUACUGCAAUUUCACACCGCAAGAAGGCAUUGCAGUAUGGAUUGCCAAUCGGUACAAUUCUGUCAACACAUCCAUGGCAUCCUUCAACCUCACUUCCGAUGGAAAUCUAAUCUUAUUUGAGGGAGACAGAAAUGUUUGGUCCACAGGAACGAGAUCCACAGGAGUCAAUUCUUCACGCUUGCAGCUUUUAGAAUCCGGAAACCUCGUGCUGAAGGACAGCAACUCGAUUCUAUGGCAGACCUUCGAUCACCCAAGCGACGACAGCGACACGUAUCUCCCUGGCAUGAAGGUCGGAUUUGACUUCCAGACCAACACUUCAUGGCGGCGAAUGUCAUGGAAAAACUCCACGGAUCCUUCUCCAGGAGACUACAUCCACAUGAUUCGUGCUCUACCUAUACCGGAUUUGGUCACGUUGAAGGGAUCCGCCAAAUACCAUCGCAGCAGCCUAUGGAACGGAAAUGUGUUCGCCGGCCAUCUAUCGAUGCCACGCAGCCAGGUGGCCAACUCAGUAUAUGCCACGUUUGUGUCCAACGAGAAUGAGACCUACUUUAUGUCUCGUUACACAGCCUCGCCAACGCCAGUGCUGGCGCGGUCAGUGUUGUGGGCCAAUGGAUCCCUCCAGCGUUGGUUUCUUGUCAGGGGUGGCAAUAGAGAGUGGCAAUUUCUGUGGUCGUUUCCGGCGGACGAGUGCGAUAAGUACAAUCACUGCGGCCGCAACAGACUGUGCACCAAUAAAUACGUUGUUGUCGAGUGCCAGUGCUUGAACGGGUUCGUAAAUAUUACGGAGAAUGGAAGAGAGGCCGGAUGCGAGAGGAAGAAGCCUUUGAAUUGCUCGUCGAACCAAUUUUCCAAGGUGCAGAACGUGAAGGUGCCCGACACUGAGAACGCUACACCACGAGGCAACAUGAGUCUCGAUGACUGCAAGAAUUUGUGCUUAAAUAAUUGCUCCUGCGUGGCGUAUGCGGUGAUCAUCGGGUCUUAUGGAUGCAUAACUUGGCCUGGUGAUCUGUUGGAUCUCAGAACUUUUGUCGAUGAAGGAGAUGAUUUAUACGUUCGGCUUGCAGGAGAAUUGGAUCAACGAAGAAAAAGCAACAACACUGGGAGAAGAAUUCUAUUUAUUGUCAUCUCUAUUGCUGCAGCACUGUUAUUCCUUUGUGCCAUUUUUAUUUACUGUCGAAGAACAAAAGCAACAACACAAAGACAGAAACGACAUGCAGACCAUAAAGAUCAACUUGAAAUAAGAGGUGCAGAAUCUCUAUUGUUUGAUUUGGAAGCUAUUAGGACAGCUACGGAUAACUUCUCUGAUAGAAACAAGCUAGGAGAAGGAGGAUUUGGGCCUGUUUAUAAGGGAACACUGGAGAAUGGAGAGCAUGUAGCAGUAAAAAGACUUUCAGGAAGCUCAGCACAAGGACUAGAUGAGUUUAAAAAUGAAGUGUUUCUAGUUGCCAAACUUCAACAUAGAAACCUCGUGAAGCUGUUGGGCUGUUGCUUAGAAUCAGAGGAGAAACUACUCGUUUAUAAUUACCUUGCUAAUACAAGUCUUGACAAGUUUUUGUUUGAUAAUUCAAAGAGAAAGCAGUUGGAUUGGGCAACAAGGUUUAAGAUCAUUGAGGGCAUUAGUCGAGGACUUAUUUAUCUUCAUGAAGAUUCACCACUAAAGAUCAUUCACCGGGACUUAAAAGCUAGUAACAUCUUGUUAGAUGCAAACAUGGAUCCCAAAAUUUCAGAUUUCGGUCUUGCGAAGCUUUUUGGUGCAGACGAAACCCAAGGAAACACUAAAAGAAUUGCCGGAACAUUCAGUGGAUAUAUGGCACCGGAAUAUGCCAUUCAUGGGCUCUUCUCAAUUAAAUCAGAUGUGUAUAGCUAUGGUGUGUUAGUCUUAGAGAUUCUAACUGGUCAGAAGAAUAGUCGUCACCGAGGAUACGAAUAUCCAAUGGAACUUGUCACUCAUGUGGUCUGGCGCCAUUGGACCCAAGGAAGUGCCCUGCAAGUGAUUGAUCAAGAGCUAGUUGAACAAUGUCAUGCUCAGCAAAUAUUAAGGUGCAUACAUAUAGGGUUACUAUGCGUACAAGAAGAUCCAACUCAAAGACCCACCAUGGCCAAUGUUGUUCUGAUGCUCAACAGCCACUUUGUCGACCUUCCUAUUCCUUCAGUACCAGCAUUUCUUAGCAACUAUAAUACUACCGGUGAAUCAAAUGACAUUCCAAGGAGACAAAACUCUAGCGGAAGUAUGGGAAUUCUAAUGAAAAUUUCUAAAAAUGAUGUUUCAAUCUCAGAGUUGGAGCCUAGAUAGUAGGAAAGUUCACUUCAUGUUUAUAUAUAUGUGAGUUUUGAUUGAACUUCCAAUAUUAUGUUUGAAGUUUAUGCCUAUAUAUGUAAAGUUUAACUGAAUGUUUAGAAUAAGGUUUA